UGCGAAGUCGACUGUCCUAAAACUGACUGCCAAUCGUACUACGCUCAAAGGACGAAUAGGAAAGACGAUAGAAAAAAAAGUAGGCGUAGUUCUCGAAAAUCGUCCCAAAAAUACAAAUAAUUCUAUAUAUCGAUGUGAACAGAGAUCGCAAACUCAUGCACGGCACUGCUUCUCAAUCAUAAAAAUUAUGAACAUAAAAAUUCUACAAGGACACGCACUAAACGAAGAUUUUGUCAGUAAAUGAGUAGCGAGAAGUUAUUUCAAUUUAAAAAUAGACAUAGAAAGAUGGCGUAUGAAGCCAGUCAUGCAAAGCGAUAUCAAAAUGCCGGCGUGACCGCUCUCUUAGGCUUUUCUAUCGCAUCAGGUCGAUGCGAUAAGCACAAGGGAUUGUCGAUAUAUAAAAUUAGAAUACAUUGAAAUAUAUAUUGAAAGUUUUGUGUUCUGUAUCUGCCAAAAUCUCGAAGAGUUUUCUCCAGCUUACCCCUUGUAUGUUUCAUUCUUUAUUGUCGAUAGAGGAUACCCAAAAUGUACAAGACAGCAUGCAGGACACUCAUGCGAGAGAAUACGAUCGUAUUGGAGCGUCUGAUAAAACGUAUACCGAUGCAACGAAGUCUCGUGAAGACCGAAAAAGGACUAGACAAACAAACUGACAAAGUGGCUAACCUAAAGAAAUACUGGUUUGACAGGUACAUGGAUUACAUCAAGAACUACGAGCAUACGCUGGAUCAAAAAUUCCCGCGCACAAUGCAUGUGUAUCGCGUGUUCAGCGUCGGCAGCAGAGACGUGUACGCGGACUUGAAAAGGUUCGUCUACGCGAUAAAGAAGCAAGGGUCGAACGGCACUAACAGCUUGACGAGGGAGGAACUGCAGUUGAUGCACACAAUGCCGAGAGACCUGAGGAAACUGUCGCCGUUGUUUCUGCUGUCGGCUGUACCGUUUACGAAUUACGUUAUUUUUCCUUUAGCCCUUUACUUCCCGCGCUAUCUACUGACGUCCCAUUUCUGGACGCUGCAACAAAAGCUUGACUUCAUGCUGCACGAUCACAAGAGGAGACUGAGGCACAACAGACCAUUGUUCAGGUGUAUACAAGCGGAACUCAAGACCAUCGGCGAUCCAACACUCAAGGUAAAAUGGAGAGAUGCUAUAGCUUGUCUGGGUAGUGGUACACAUCCAACAACCAAGGAUAUUAUAGCCUGCUCUGUGCUUUUUUCUGGCCCACCAUAUUCUCUAAAUGCUCUCAAAAGGAAACAUAUGGAAUUAUUAGCAAUACAUGGUAUGUGCUCUUGGAGACUCUUCAAGAGGAAAAGAUUGAUGGAGAGAGGUAUGCUAAUAUUACGAAUGGAUCGUGCCAUAAUACGAGAGGGAGGAGUAAAAGCGAUGUCUAGUGAUGCAAUGCGAUGGGCAUUAUCUUUUAGAGGUGUAAAUCCUGCAAAUAUGUCCAUAGAAAGUAUGAGAAGUUGGCUAGAGCAAUGGUUGACAGUAUCAGCAUCUGUUGAUCAGAAGAAUAUAUCUUUGUUACUACAUAGUCCAAUUUUACUAGCUUACAAUCAUUCAACAAACUGGAUUCUUAUAUAUAAAUAAGGAAAAUGGAAGAAAAAGAAGUGUAUGGAGAAGUUUUUAUCAAUUUUAACACUUAGCAUAUCUUGUGUUUUCAAAAACUGGAUUGGUUCAAGAAACUAUCGAUUAAAAUUUAACAAAGUGAUACUUUUUGCAGAAUAUCAGUCAUCUUACUUUAAGAAGUUGUCACACUUCAGCAUUAGUGUUUCUAGCAUUUUAACACUCGCUUCUUCGUUGAAAUUCUGUAUUACUAGUAUCAUUUAUUAAGAUAUUAACUUUAUUUUUAAAUACAUAUAAGUAAUGUAUAUUACAAAUUUGCAAAUAAAUACUUUAUAUUGAUGAUUUUUAA